GUGUGCGAACCGGUAAGCCUUUGAAAGCCGUGACAGUAACCGAUACGCCCCACGGCAGCAGCGAUAUCAACGGCGGGCUUUGGGGCAUCGCGAAGUCUCUGGGUGGUCUGCUUACCCCCGACGCUGACCUCAACCUCUCCUCCCCCUCCCUGCUUUUCCCCGCCCUCGACGGUCUUGACGGUAACGAACCUUACUUAACAGAGGACGAUGACGAGGAGUCGCUCUACGACGCAUUGAGCAUCAGCAGCAGCAGCAGCGACAGCAGCGACGGUGGGCUCAGCCGCGUGAGCAGCAGCGGCAGCCUGUCCGGCCUAGAGGACCGCGUACGCGUUAAGGUGCAUCCCGGGCGCGUGGACAUCUUUAACGGAGCGGAGCACCUGCGGCUGCACGCGGACGGGAUGAUGGAGCUGCGGAGAGUGAAGGACGGCGUGCCCGUGCUCAUCACCGCGGGGAGAGUCUCCCUGCCUGACAACUGCCGUGACCAUAUCGAGUCCUGCGAUAUAGCCGUGCUGGACGAGUCGAUCGGCGCCGUCCAGCUGAGCUGGAUCAACGGCUCGGCGCUGCGCGUGGUGGCGGCGAGCCCUGCGGGCGUGGAGAAGGGCGACGUUGGCGUGCUGCCGUUCGACCGCGACCACGGCAACCCCGCCUCCGACCCCUCCUGGGCCAAGAAACUAGCAUGCGGUUUCGUGUUGGAGUUCAGCGUGUCGCAGCACACAGCAGAGGAGGCGCGCGGCAUGGCGGAGGUGGAGCUGGACAUGCGCACGGCGGGCUACUGGUUCGGCGGCGGCCACUACAUGCGGCAGCACUGGCCGCUCAACCGCGGGCAGUUCGAGCUGGGCCCCUUCUUCCCGUUCGACAACGGCCCCAACGGCAACAACACGCUGCUCGCCGCGCAGUGGAUGACGUCCCGCGGGCUGCUGGUGCUCGCCAACCCCGACACGCCCUUCCUGCACGUGGGGCUCAACGCGCCCCAGGUGGGCCCGCACGACGGGUGGAUCCAGCGCUCGUGGGGCACGGGCGUGCAGAACUUGGCGCGGGAGUCGCUGCCGGCGGUGGAGAACGGGACGGGCGAUGGCAUGCUGCGGCUGCAGGCGCGGGCGAGCUAUAGGACUGUGGAGAUGCUCCACCCGCUGAGGGACUGGAUGCCCGCGCUGUGGAAGGAGGAGCAGGACAAAGACCAGCGCCUCUCCUUGCAGUUCGCCCUAUGCGCCACGGCCAACGUCAAGCAGGCAGCCGAAGCCGCCCUGCAGACCCUUCCGCGCCCCAGCAACCCCCCGCCGCGCGAGAUGGUGGACGCGCCCAUCUGGACGACGUGGGCGCGGUACCACGCCAACGUGACGCAGGCCAAGGUGGAGCAGUUCGCCCAUGAGAUCGUGGGCAGGGGGCUCAGCCGGUCCGUGAUGGAGAUAGACGACAAGUGGCAGACCAAGUACGGCGACUUUGACUUCGACCCUGUCAAGUUCCCCAACCCCAAGGAGAUGGUGGAGAUGCUGCACGCGCUGGGCUUCAAGGUCACGCUCUGGAUCAUGCCCUUCGUGGAGGAAGCUUCUGCCGCGUACCAGGAAGGCGCGCCCAAAGGCUACUUCCUAUCAUCCAGCGCCCCGGCCACCAAGGGCCUGAAGCCGGGUUUCUUCAAGUGGUGGCAGCCCGUGCCAGCAGCCGCCCUUGACGUGACCAACCCCGAGGCCGUGGCCUGGUUUGUGGGGCGCCUGAAGCGCCUACGAGCCGACUACCUGAUCGACGGGUUCAAGUUCGACGCGGGCGAGCCGUGCUUCCUGCCGCCGCACUUCGUGUCGCACAAGCCCAUCGUGACCCCCGUGGAGUACACGCGGCUGUACGUCCAGGAGGUGGCCUCGCAGUUCAGCUAUGCCGAGGUCCGCACCGGCCACAAGACGAGCAGUGUGCCGCUGCUGACCAGGAUGGGCGACCGGUUUUCCACCUGGAGCACGGGGAACGGGCUUCGGAGUGUGAUUCCGACACUGCUGACGUCGGGGAUUUUGGGGUACCCGUUCUGUUUGCCCGAUAUGAUCGGGGGGAAUGCGUACUUUGGCAACAAGCCGGACGUGGAGCUGCUGGUGCGGUGGGCGCAGGCGAACGCGCUGAUGCCCGCCAUGCAGUUCUCCAUCGCGCCCUGGGACCUCAGCAAGGAGGCCGACAAGCUCUGCAAGGCCGUGCUCGAGCUGCGGGAGAAGCUGGCCGGCACCAUCUUCAGCCUCAUGGAGGACGCGUGCUCCAAGGCCCUCGCCCCCGUGUGCCGCCCCAUGUGGUGGCUCGACCCCGACGACGCCGAGACGUUCCCCAUUGACGACCAGUUUGCCAUUGGCGAUGACAUCAUCGUGGCCCCCGUGGUGGUCAAAGGGCAGAAGAAGCGAGACGUCUACCUCCCCAAAGGCACGUGGUGCGAGCUCUUGAACCCGUCCAACACAUUUGAAGGUCCCACAUGGCUGGAGGACGUUGAAGCCCCUCUGCAUAUCAUCCCCAUAUACUGCCGAGUCAUGCCGACCGACAUAGUAUCUCCAAGCAACGAGGGCAUGGAGGAGACGGUUGACCGAGCUGCCACAAUGGUGCCGGUGCCAGUUCGGAUAGAAGAUGCCAAGUUGGUGCUGGCUGAUAGCGAGGCUCUUGUUGAGAACCCAUCAACAGAAACUGUGAAAUGCUGACGUGAGUCAGUGUGCAAGUGUCCCACCCAUCCAUCCACACCUUUCGUGCCCGUUGAAGGGUGAAAUGGUGUUAUUUAUUUCAUUGUAAAUUUGUGUCUGUUUUUUUGUGGUGCUCGUGUGCACCAAACUUAGGACUUGUGAAUACUUGUUUGUUUCCAUGUGUUUUGGCUUAGCCCCUUGUGCGGCUUGGUUUGCUCCAAACAAACAUGCUUCGCCUAA